GGAGGUCCUUACUCGUGUGUGCUGCGUGCCUGCAUUCAUAUGCACACAUCCAACCACGUUUUCGUCCAGUCGUUUACCGUGUGCAUUUGACUACACUGGGCAUAUCCUUGCAUUGCCGCAGAUCAGAGAGGAAUCAACUUCCGUAGACAGGAUCAUGGCCAUUCUGGGGAGAGCAGGCUGGAGGGUGGUGGGGUUCUGGCGCCCCCUGGGGGCCGUGUGUCGCACUAGCCCUCGCUGCUACAGCGUCCCCAGUGAGCACACCACAGAGAAGAGCGUCCCCUACACCAAGACCCUCAAGCAGGACGACGGUCUCCGUGGUCCCACCAAGGCCCUGCCCAGCUCGGCGGACGUCGUGGUGAUUGGAGGGGGCAGUCUGGGUUGCCAGACCCUCUACCACCUGUGCAAGAUGGGCUUGACCAAUGUGGUGCUGCUGGAGAGGGACAGGCUGACCGCGGGAACCACCUGGCAUACAGCAGGCCUGCUGUGGCAGUUGAGGCCCAGUGACACGGAGGUGGAGCUGCUGGCGCACACCCGGCAUGUGGUCAGCUCCGAGCUGCAGGCGGAGACGGGUCUGGACACAGGCUGGAUCCAGAAUGGCGGCCUCUUCAUUGCCUCCAACAAGCAGCGGCUGGACGAGUACAAGCGACUCAUGUCGUUGGGCAAGGUAUACGGUAUCGAAUCCUACGUGCUGUCGCCAGCGGAGACCAAAGAACUCUACCCUCUGAUGAACGUGCGGGACCUGUAUGGCACGCUGUACGUGCCCAAGGAUGGCACCAUGGACCCUGCGGGGACCUGUGCCACCCUGUCCCGGGCAGCCACUGCCCGUGGGGCCACGGUCGUAGAGAACUGCCCAGUAACUGGCAUCCAGGUGAAUCCUGAUCACAUGGGAGUGAGAAGAGUCAGGGCAGUGGAGACGGCCUUUGGGACCAUCCAGACUCCAUGCGUGGUCAACUGCGCAGGUGUGUGGGCCACCAAGCUGGGAGAGCUGGCAGGGGUAAAUGUGCCACUUGUUGCUAUGCACCAUGCCUACGUGGUCACAGAGAGGAUCGAAGGGAUCCAGAACAUGCCCAAUGUGAGAGACCAUGAUGCAUCUGUCUACCUCCGUCUCCAAGGUGACGCUCUGUCUGUGGGCGGCUAUGAGCAGAACCCAAUCUUCUGGGAUGUGGUGUCUGAUAAGUUUGCGUUCAGCCUCUUUGACUUGGACUGGAACAUCUUCAUGCAACACAUAGACGGAGCCAUUAACCGAGUGCCUGCCCUUGAGAAGACAGGCAUCAAAUCCACUGUCUGUGGACCAGAAUCGUUCACUGCAGACCAUAAGCCUCUGCUGGGAGAAGCUCCUGAAGUGAGAGGAUUUUACCUGGGAUGUGGCUUCAACAGUGCGGGUAUAUUUCUGGGGGGAGGCUGUGGAAAGGAGCUGGCCCACUGGAUCAUUCACGGCCGGCCAGAGAAGGACAUGUACGGUUACGAUAUCAGGAGGUUCCACCACUCCAUAACCAACAACAGUCGAUGGCUCAGGGAGCGCAGUCACGAGUCCUACGCAAAAAACUACUCCGUGGUGUUCCCCUUCGACGAGCCACUGGCCGGCCGCAACAUGAGGAAGGACCCGCUUUACCAGGUACUGCAGGAGCAGGGCUGUGUGUUCCAGGAGAGACAUGGAUGGGAAAGACCUGGGUGGUUUAACACCGACACCUCUGCACCGAUUCUAGACUACGAUUAUUACGGUGCUUAUGAAAUCACCAAAAACAAGGACUACAAAUAUAAUGAGCUUCUGGGCAAAGAGUACACCUUUGACUUCCCUCCACAUCAUGGCACGAUCAGGGACGAGUGUCUGGCCUGCAGAUGUUCUGUGGCGGUCUUUAAUAUGUCCUACUUUGGCAAGUUCUACCUCAUGGGCCCUGAUGCCAAGAAAGCUGCAGACUGGCUCUUCACAGCCGAUAUCAACAAAGCACCAGGUUCCACUGUGUACUCCUGCAUGCUGAAUAGGAGGGGCGGGACUGAGUCUGAUCUGACUGUCAGUAGGCUGCAGGCAGGCCCCACCCACCUCCCCCUGACUCCUGAAUGUAAUGGGGACACAUACUACUUGGCUGUAGGUGGCGCUGUGGCGCAGCACAACUGGAGUCACAUUCAGACAGUCCUCCAGGACCAGGGCUUCGACUGCACCAUGGCAGACCACUCGGAGGACAUGGGGAUGAUCAGCAUUCAGGGCCCCAGGAGCCGGGAGUUGCUGCAGGAGAUUGUAGAUGCAGAUCUGAGCAAUGAGGCUUUCCCCUUUUCCACACACAAAAUAAUAACAGCCGCUGGACACAAGGUGCGUGCCAUGCGCCUCUCCUUUGUGGGGGAGCUGGGCUGGGAGCUGCACAUCCCUAAAGAGUCCUGUGUGCCUGUCUACCAGGCCGUCAUGUCCGCUGGAGCCAAAUACGGUGUCCGCAACGCUGGUUACAGAGCCAUCGACUCACUCAGCAUCGAAAAAGGAUACAGGCAUUGGCAUGCUGACCUUCGUCCUGAUGACACGCCCCUGGAGGCGGGGCUUGCGUUCACCUGUAAGAUGAAGACGUCCAUCCCUUUUCUGGGUCGCGAAGCACUGGAAUCCCAGAAGGCCACGGGGUUGCAUCGACGGAUUGUCUGUUUCACCAUUGACGAGAGGGUUCCCAUGUUUGGCUUAGAAGCCAUCUACUGCAAUGGGGUUCCUGUUGGUCACCUGCGGCGUGCCGAGUUUGGCUACGCCAUCGAUAAGACCAUCGGCUACGGAUACAUCCGGAAGCCAGACGGAGGCGUGGUAACCCCGGAAUACAUCCGCAGUGGGGAGUUCAGCCUAGAGAGGAUGGGGGUGGUGUACAAGGCCCGUGCCCACCUGAAGUCACCCUUUGACCCCGACAACAAGCGUGUGAAGGGCAUCUACAGCACAGAAUAAAGACCUGCUGGCAUCCCGCGAUUCCUGCCGGCGUCCUGCGCUACCUGCAGGGCCUGGAUUUGAGUGGGCCAUUCAUACACGCUGGACAUCCUUCGAGAGCAGCUGUUCAACGACCCGGUCCCAGCAGGACACUGUCUCCUCCCAGCUAUGCUCCCGCUGAGUGCAGAGGUAGCAGGACGGCUGGGUCAGCCAGGAGAGAAUGUCACAACCUUUGUUCUGUUUGCUUUGGUUUGAUUUAAUUUGUUUCCUUAUUCAAAGUUUAGUGAAAAGUUAACAGUCUUAAAUCAUAAAUAAAAAUGUAAUGGUCUUAUCCUAAAUUGUCAUUAAAGGAAAUAACUACUACUAACAAUCCUCCAUCAACAAUGUAAAAUAUUAAAGCAAAUAUUUGUGGGAAUGAGUGUAAAAGAAGCAAGCUCUUAAGGCUUUGCUGGAGCUUUGAAAAGCUGGCAGAUACUUCUCUGCAGUAACUGCUACUUGUUCAUUAUGACUUAUUUUUGACGGAUGAUUUAUCGUGUAUUUGCAAAUGAAACACAUUUCAGGUUGAAAUAGUGCUCCAGUCAGACUUUGUACUUGUACUGUCUGAACUUGUAUUUUCAGUUUCAGCAACUGACUUUACCAGAGCAAAUUAUUUGGGAACUACAGUGUAACAUAGUGCACAACUAUAUUCCUCCUUGAUAAGAUACAAGUACUUUUUUUGUGAGGGGAUAUUCUUUUGAAGUGUCAGAUCCACAUGAAGAUUAUGUCUGGCUUGCCAGUGUGUGUUCCUGCUGCAUAUGAAGGGUUUAUGGCAGAACUCAUGUUGCUAGUCUUUACGGUUACCUGUGCACCAAUAGAAAUUAACACAGGGGUUCAGUCUUUUGCAAAAUGAUCCUGUCUGUUCAAGGAAAAAUUUGAGCUUCAGAUACCAGCCACACUGAUAAAUUCGUGUGAUCAUUUUAUUAACAUUAAAGUCUAAAGAUCUUGUGCCGAAAUGUCAGCAGUUUGCUCUUUUUUUAUGGUAAAAUACUCUAGUAGUGUUAUUUCCUUGUUUUAACAUGUCGGGUCUAGAACUCUUACUUGGUCUUACAAUGUUUUCUCUCAAUUUUAAGCUUGAUUUUUUUAGGAUUUUAAAAUCUAGUGUUUACUUUAAAAUAACCAAAG